ACAUGCUGGCCGAGAACUACUGCUACACGGUCUUCAGCCAGGAGCUGCGCAGGCUGUACCGCACCGGCGAGAUCGGCCGCGUGACCUACGCCGAGGGCGAAUACACCAUCCCAUGGCGCCCGACGCGCGCCUGCGUCUGGCCCCGGGCGAGCAUCACUGGCGCAACUGGCUGCCGUCGACCUACUACUGCACGCAUGCGCUGGCGCCGCUGGUGUACAUCACGGAAUCGAUGCCGACGAUGAUCAACGCGCUUUCCAUCGCCGCCCCGGAGGUCGACGAGCUCAGCGUGCGCCGCAGCGAUCCCGGCUCGGUGAUCCUCUGCCGGAUGGAAGACGGCUCCGUGUUCCGGAUCUUCGGCGUGAUCCUGCCGGGACACAGCAACUGGUAUCGCGUGCACGGCACGCGCGGGGCGAUGGAGAUCGCGCGCGGGCCGGGCUACUUCGGUUCGGGCGAGGUUCGCGUCUGGCACGAGGAAUGGAACCGCUGGCCCGAUCAGCCGCUGGAGCGCACCUACCUCCCCGAGUGGCCGGAGCACGGGGAGCUGGCCGAGCGCGCCGGCCACGGCGGCGGGGACUUCUGGACCAACUACCACUUCGCGCAGGCGAUCCGGUCGGGCGAGCCGCCGUUCCUGGACGUGUACCGGGCCGUGGCGAUGAGCUCGGUCGGCAUCCUGGGGUGGCGGAGCGCACUGCAGAACGGCCAACCGGUGGAGGUCCCCGACUUUUCCGACGAAGCUCAGAGGGCGAGGUACCAGGAUGACACCUGGUCGCCGUGGCCGGGCGGCGCCGAGCCCCCGGACGCCCGGCCCAGCAUCAUGGCGACCAGGGAGCCCACCGCGGAGGCGAAGGCGCGGGCACGGGAGCUCUGGGACGAGAUGGGAUACGGCGGCAGAUGAUGGCGAUCGGCACCGAAUCGGCGGCCACCGCCGAGCACGUGAUGCAGCUCGAUCGGGACGGCUAUUGCGUGAUCCGCGGGCUGUAUUCCGAAGAGGAGACGCGCCCGGUCCGCGCACGGAUCGAAGCGAUGUACGAAGGGCGCCACGAUUACGGAUGGCCGAACCGGCAUCUGCAGACCUGGGAUCCGAGGACCGGGACACCCCCGGGGGCAACUACCGGUCCGGCUCUCUGCAGAUGCCGUCCCUGAUCGAAUCGGUCUUCGACGACUUCACCGGCAAUCCCAAGCUGGUCGGUGCCAUGGAGACGCUGCUGGGGGGAGCGGUGAAGCGCUACACCGACCAGACGAUCUUCAAGCCGGCAGUGUACAAGGCCGGCCGUAGCUUCUAUCACCAGGAUUGCUUCUACUGGAAAUUGCGGCCGAAGGUGUGCCUGAACUGCUGGAUCGCCCUGGACCAGGUGGCGCCGGAUGCGAUCGCGCUCGGGUUUCUGCCGGGCACGCAGGCGAGCUGGCGCAUCCGGUUCCACGAGCUGUACUGGGAUCAGGUGCCGGCGUUCGGCAGGGAUGGCGCGCAGUACCAGCGCAAGCGGAUCGCCCUGGACGCGGUGGACGACUCGCGCGAGGAUCUGAUCUCCGGCGGGCCGGGAGACGCCUAUUUUUUCACGAACUACGUAUGGCACCGUGGCGAGCCCAAUCUGAGCGGCGUGAACCGCGCGGCCUACGCGAUCGCCUACCAGCUCGACCGGGACGACAACCUUCUGUCGGAAGAUGAAUUCGACGCGCUGAUGGACGGCGCGCCGCAGUGACCGCGGCCGUGACUCUCUCGCCGCGCGAUCAGUGGGCGGAGCUGGGCUAUUGCCUGUACCGGUCGCUGCUGUCGGCCGACGAGGUCGACGACCUGCUGCGGAUCGCCGAGCGCGUCCGCCGGCAGUGGCUGCUGGCCAGCGCCGAGGACGGCAAGCCAGGCGAUCGCGACCGCCACAACAUGCGGCACGUCAACCACCC